AUGGAUAUGACAGAGCACAACCACGGCCACUCCAAUGAUGGCGACGGGUCCAUGACAACGCCUGUGGUCUUCCACACAGCCAUGUCCACCAGUCUGUUUUCUGAGACCUGGACCCCUCGUACCACUGGGCACCGAGGCUUGAGGCAACAGUGUGGGCAGGCCACGAUGACACCAGAGGCAGACUGGUGGUUGGGCAUGACGACGAGGAGACCAGAAAAGAAGAAAGGCAUGAUAUCGGAAGCCAACAUAAGGCUUGGGAGGGCGGUUUAUGAGGUUCUCAUUGCCUUGCUAGGCUACCUUCUAAUGCUUGCAGUAAUGAGUAUGAAUGUCGGAUACUUUGUUUCGAUCUUGGUCGGCGUGUUUCUUGGGACAUUGGGAUUGGGUGGCAUUGCAAGGGAUUCCACCUUUGAUCACUGCUCUUAA